AUGGAUCACCAAACCGCCGCGGCGGUCUCCAACGCGGACGCUGGGUCGCGCAACCCCGUUCCAACCUCUCAGGGCGAGAAAAUCACCCAAGACCCGACGCAGACGUCUCCCUUGUCGAGCCAGAAAUCGAAUGGUAGUUUGGCGAUCAGAGAUGCCCCGAUCGAGGAAGUGCAAGAGAAGGCGCACGUGACGCAUGAUAAUUGCGUCGCUGAGGAAGAGCAGGGCGGUGACGCUGAUGGCGAGGGGUUGAGAAAAGUCAAGAGCAAAUACAGCGUGCGCGACGCGGGGAGUAUACCCAACGGCGGGCUGUGGGCGUGGCUCCAGGUCCUAGGCGGAUUCUUCCUGCUGUUCAACAGCUGGGGCAUCAUCAACACGUUCGGCUCCUACCAAGCCUACUACGAAACCACACUCCUCUCCUCUUCCUCACCCAGUUCAAUCUCCUGGAUCGGCUCCAUCCAAGCCUUCCUCCUGCUCGAAGUCGGCGCCCUCACAGGUCCCAUCUACGACGCUGGUUACUUCCGCGAGCUCCUCCUCUUCGGCUCCUUCAUGCUUGUCUUCGGGCAAAUGAUGCUGUCCCUCUGCACAUCGUACUGGCAAGUCCUCCUCGCGCAAGCAUUCUGCAUCGGCAUCGGCACGGGUGCAUUAUUUGUGCCCUCGGUAGCAAUCCUGAGCACCUACUUCAGCACUAGAAUUGGCAUGGCCAUCGGCAUCGCCGCAGCGGGGAGCUCGUUUGGUGGCGUCAUCUACCCGAUUGUGUUCCACAAGCUGCUGCCGCAGAUUGGGUUCGCGUGGACCACGAGAGUGCUGGGUUUCAUCAUCCUGGCCACCAUGGUCGUGCCAUGCGUGUGCAUGCGCGUCCGCGUCUUGCCGGCCCAAAGCCGCAGUCUGCUUGAUCUCAGGGCGUUUUGCAUCCCGGCGUACUCGCUGCAGGUCAUUGGCUUCUUUUUCGGGUUCAUGGGCUUGUAUAUGCCCUUCUUUUAUGCGCAGGUGUAUGCCCUGGAGCGGCAUUUGACCAACGAGAACCUCGCGUUCUACCUCUUGGCGAUUAUGAACUCGACGAGUGUGUUCGGGCGAAUCAUUCCCAACCUCUUCGCCGACCGCCUUGGCCCUUUCAACGUCGUCAUCCCCUGCUGUUUGAUCAGCGGCGUUUUGUGUAUCAGCUUUAUCGGGGUCUCAAACAGCGCCGGUAUGUGCGUGUUGAUGGCGUUUUAUGGGUUCUUCUCGGGCAGCUUUGUUAGUCUGCCGCCGACCAUCAUUGUCAGGCUGAGCCAGGAUAGGAGGGACAAGAUUGGAACGAGGCUGGGACAGAGCUUUGCGAUUGUAGCACUAGGCGUGCUGAUUGGCACGCCUAUCGGUGGCGCGAUUCUGGAUCACAGCGGUUAUGAUGCGCUGUGGACAUUUGGUGGAUGUACGCUGUUUGGCAGUGCGGCGUUGUUGCUGGCUGCGAGGAUCGCAUUGGGAGGGUUUGGGUUGAAGGUGAAGGUCUAA